CCUAUUUAUAGGUAUACUAAUUGCAAGUGGGCGCGAGUUUGUAUCACUGAGUCACAGCUCGUGUCUUCCUCGAGGAAUAGAGAUAGAGACGAACAAUCAAGGAAUUCCAAUGUUGUGUCGCGUGCUCUAUCUACGCCUGGUUAGCAAAGAACCGAACAGAUCCAUUUUGUAUUUGCCCAGCCACUCGGUCGUACAUCGAGCUUAACCGCAACGGGUCCGCUAGCGGUGCAAACGCGCCAAUGUGACGAUUUAAUGGCGAAAUCUGUUACGUUCCGGGCGCCACAGCCGAGGAGAUACAUGUAAUCUUACAUACAAGCAUUUCUUUGAUGCUUUCCGAUGAAGCUGCUCGGCUGGAGAUUAGUAGAGAGGUUUAUUAAUGAAACGGCAUGCUUGUAAGAGUCUGGCCGCACAUCGCCACGUGGGAUGAAUGAAGAAGAAUUGUUAAAACGGUCUGCUGCAGAGCGUGAUAGGAUUUUCAGUUGCUAUGAUCGUGGUAGGGAGGGUGCUGAGAUUGAUCCUUGGGAGGAUCCUGCUUACGAAGUUUAUCAUACUACAGAUAGAUAUGGAUUUAUACACGAUAAGAGGUUACCACAGAAACGGGAUGCGUUUGAAGUCAAGUUGCACCACGUGGAGAUGGAGAGAUUGAAGAAAUGGGAGAAAAUGACGAAACAAUGGGACAGUGCCUCGACAAAGGAAAAAUUGCGCCGCAGAAUAUACAAAGGAAUUCCUAACAGAUUUCGUGGUCAAGUAUGGACUCUACUUUUAGGAAUAAAGAAUCUGAAGAAGGAGCAGGCGGGCAAGUAUGAAGAGAUGUUACAAUUGGCUCGCCAAUGGUCCACAGAGAUACGACAGAUUGAUGCCGAUGUUGCCAGACAAUACAGAGAUCAUAUUAAUUAUAGAGAGAGAUAUAGCAUAAAACAAAAGUCUAUGUUUUACGUACUGGCUGCCUACAGUAUGUACAACAUGGAGGUAGGAUAUUGCCAAGGAAUGUCCGUGCUAGCCGGUUUGCUGCUGCUUUACAUGGAUGAGGAAGACGCUUUCUGGGGCCUUUCUGUGUUGCUUGCCGAUCAAAAAUACAGCAUGCACGGUUUUUACGUCGAUGGAUUUCCCAAAUUAAACCGCUUCAUAGAGCACCAUGACAAGAUAAUGAACAAAUGUUUGCCGAAACUAAAACGGAAAAUGGAUAAGUGCGGUUGCGAUUCUAUACUCUAUGCAUUGAAGUGGUUCUUCGUUGUUUUUCAAGAGAGAACUCCCGUUAGUCUCGGUCUCCGUAUCUGGGACAUAUUUCUGUUGGAUGGUGAUCGCAUGUUAUCAACAAUGGCAUAUACUGUUAUGAAGCUGCAUAAGCGCUAUUUGAUGCCAAUGGAAAGUCUUGAUGAAUUUUGCAACUAUCUACAAAUUAAGCUGGAGAAGGAUUUUUGCUUUGAUGACGACACCGUGAUAAGUACGAUGGAGCGCAGCAUGGAAGAAUUAAAGCGUGCCAAAUUAGACUAUCCAGGUGCUCCGUUGCCACACGAACUACCCCGUUAUCCGUUUGGCACUUUCCAGGAGCCUACUUUUACCAGCAAGGUUGGAAGGCGAAGCGAAGAGUUUAGCGAAGCUCAACAUGUGAUGCGAGAAUCAGUGGUGCAGCGCAGGGAUAUGACAUUGAUCGACAACGGUAGAGAGAGCACCACGCCUGUCGAGCCGACCAGUGGCCUUGGCGGAAGUAAAUUCUCCUUUGAUCCAAGUCUUGAUGAGGGCGCAUCUCCCAAUGGCUCUCGUCGGUCAUUAGCCGAGACGUCGGUGACAUCGACGGCCGAUUUAUCGGUAUUCAGCUCGGUAACACGUUCCCAGGUCCUGGACAACAGUUUGGAUACCCAGAGCAAUAUCUCGAAUGGGAGCUCGGGCAGUGGCGGUCUGCCUACACCGCGGGCGACGCCGCAUCAGCCCAGCCCAGACGUAGUGCGAAUUUACGUGCCAUACACGUCGCCUACGUAUACAUCGUCGGCGGUGGCUUCUUACAAGGAUGAUCUACCGCGCACACUGCCCCGUUCUCUGGACACCAACAAGAUUCGCAUUCGCAUCGAUCCAGACCAGACGCCUAUCGUUGAGAAUCUAAAGCCGUUCACACUCGAAAGUCCAGAAGUCGAGCUAGAUUUGAAGUGAGUCGUUUGAGCUACACGCAAACGUGAAAUCAUAAAUGAUGUGCAUACGAUAGCUUGGUCCUGAAAGUCGCGCAUUUGUUGUCAAGAGCGAGAGCAAUAUCAUAAAGUUAAUAAUAUUUGAGAUAUCUUUUUUUUAAGUAGUCGAUUGGAUAUUGGAUAUUAAU